AACUAUCGUAUUUCUAUUCUUCUUAGCCCCACUCUCUCCCCCCUCUCUCUUCUUUCUUUCUCUAAAACUCAAAAUCAAAUGUUGGUCCGCCACCGGAACCUGCCCUCCUCCCAGGUUCCAUUAUCUCCUUCUGCUUCUUCUUCUUCCUCCAUUUCGGAAAAUGGGUCUUCGUCUGCAGCCGCCAAGUACGAGGAUGUCGUUCAAAGCUCCGACCUUUUCUGGGAAAAGCUCAGGGCUUUCCACAAUUCCUUUCGGACCAAAUUCACGAUUCCUACUGUAGGAGGAAAGGCUCUGGAUCUACACCGGCUUUUUGUCGAAGUAACAUCUCGUGGCGGUCUUGAAAAGGUUCUUAAGGAUAGAAAAUGGAAGCAAGUCGUUGUGGUCUUCAAUUUCCCAUCAACAAUUACCAGUGCUUCAUUUGUCUUAAGGAAGUACUACCUCUCUUUGCUCUAUCAGUUUGAGCAGGUGUAUUAUUUCCGCAAACAAGUUGCUUCAAUUUCAAUGGAUGAUCCUGUUGGUAGAAACCUUGCCAAUGAAUUAGGGGCCGCUGGCGAAGGCACGAUUAGGAACCAAUUACCAAGUCAGUCAACCCUGGAAUUGCAGCCCGGCUCUUCUGUUAAUGGAGCAAUUGAUGGGAAGUUUGAAAAUGGAUAUCUGAUCACGGUUAACUUGGGUUCGGAUCAGCUGCAAGGCGUCUUAUAUCAUGUUCCCUUCCAUACGUCUCAAAGCUCUUACCCUCCAGACCGGCGUAGUCGUAGGAAUCGAAAGAAAUCUAGGUUGGCAUUGCGGGACCCAUCUCGGCCCAAGUCAAAUAGGAGUGGCUACAAUUUCUUCUUCGCGGAGCAUUAUGCGAGGCUAAAACCUAUGUAUUACGGGCAAGAGAAGGCCAUCAGCAAGACAAUUGGGCUUCUCUGGAAUAAUCUCACUGAAGCAGAAAAACAAGUUUAUCAGGACAAAGGGGUGAGGGACAAGGAAAGAUACAAGAAUGAACUGUUGGAAUAUAAAUCUUCCCAUAACGCGACGACGACGACGCCGCUUUAGUGGUCUCCAAAUUAUUAGUGUCGCAUAGGAUAGGAACCCCUUUUUCUUAGGAUAUUAUUAGCUUUGUCUGUUGUACGUUUUUAUAGUGUUAUGCAGUUGUUAUAUUGCUUCUAUUCAACUUGAAGUUCAAGUCCUUUUGUGUGUUUUCUGUUUUAUUAGUUUCGGUUGUCUUUUACUACAGCUUCCCUUUCAGCACGUUUGCCUUUGAAAAAAUGCAUACUGCUCUGGUAUGAAAUCUAACAUAGGAUUAGGACCACAAUUUUGCUCUUGGAGUUUUCCUCUUCCUUUUUCUAAUCUUUUAUUCAACUUCCAUAUGAGUUUCUUAUUGACAUAUAAACUAUGAGAUUCAUGUGGUAGGACUUGAAAAAAUUGCGUUUUGGUACAUUGUA